AACAUGUGGUGGACAUCAGUCUUGUUAGUCUCCUUUCCAUAUCUGCGCACAAACCUAUGGUAGUGAUUUGUCAGAGUGGACUGGAGUGAAAAACAGAGAGUUUGUACCAGCGUCGGGUGGGCGGAGUCAUUUUCCUUGCGUGCUGUCAUCACAGGAGAUAGGUGCUGGAUGGAUAUUGCAAUGGUCCGCGCGACUUCAUUCUGGAGGCUGAGACCGAAAGAGUGGGAUGAAAGACCCGACUGCUACUGCUUCAACUGGUUUUACUCCUCUGGGAUAAUUAACAGCGUUAACAAUCUCGCGACCCGGGCCAGGACACCGCUCACGUUGUAAGAUCCGACUCUUCCAGCUGUCGUUCUGCAUUGGCGGCACGCUGUGAGAAAAGACUCCACUCUGCUGUGCCUCAGCGCUCCUCAGACACUUGUCCUUGACAUCCAAAUGCUGUGUGUCGAGCGUCGUGCCAGCCGCCUUCUGUGAGUUAUGACGACGGCUGCCUCAUUGACUCAGGAAAGAGGCUCCUCCUCCACUCACCAGUGAGCAAAUCACAUGAUGUAAUGAAGACGGGUCCUGGAAGUCUGCUCUUCAAGGAGUUUGCCAGCAGGAUAUGAGUAUUUUGAGCCCUGUGACGGAUAACAAAUCAAACCUUGUGGGAAUUGUGGGAGGCCCAGAAGAAUACUCCAGAGCCAUGCAGUCAGAGGAGCUGUUCAGCAGGAAACUCAAAGCCCUGAAUGGUAGCAUGGGACCACCAACCUCCAACAUGCAGGGGAAACCUGAUGGUUCAGGCAAAACAAAUGGUACUCCAGCCAUGCCUAAAAUGGGCGUCAGGGCCAGGGUGACAGAAUGGCCACCAAGGAAAGAUGGAUGGGACGGACGGCCUUCACCGAACUAUCAGAGCGUGAUACCAGUGUUUCAGAACGGCCAGCAGGAACAUACUGUGGAAAUACUGGAGCAAGGUGAAGCAGUUUGUCUGGAAGUAGACUACUCUGACAAAUACACGCUGAGCGACCUCCUCAGCCACUCCCCGCUGAAAGGUCUCCACCCUAUCCGUCAACGCAGCAACAGCGAUGUCACCAUAAGUGACAUUGACUCUGAGGACAUAAUGGACCAGAACGCUGUCAAUCCAAACACUGGGGCCUCGCUGCACCGCGAGUACGGCAGCACGUCCUCCAUCGACCGUCAGGGCCUGACUGGGGAUGGCUUCUUCACCAUGCUUAGGGGCUACAGAGUGGACACCCUGGACCACCGCAGCAUACCACCUCUGGGUUUCCCCGAGUUGUUGCGCUGUGAUGCCUCGCUCUCCCCCAGCCUGCAGACAGCAGCCCAGAUCGCCAGGGGUGAGAUAGUUCACAUCCCAGGCUACGACUACAUAGACAACUCUCUCCUCUACAGCCGGGAGCGGGAGAAGUCCUUCAUGAGGCGUCUCAAAUCAGAAUCAUCAGAAACGUCUCUGUUCAGGAAACUACGGACCAUCAAGAGCGAGAGUGACGCCUUGCGGCUCUCAAUAGAGGAUGACCGGCGACCGCUCAGCUUUCAAAAAUGCUUUGCCCACUACGACGUCCAGAGCGUUCUUUUUAACAUCAGCGAGGCGGUGGCGAGCAGAGCUAACCUGUGCCAGAGGAAGAACACGACCACUGGGGCUUCAGCUGCCUCAGCUGGAGCUGGUGGCGGGGCUGGAGUUGGACCUGGACCCGGGCCUGGACCUGGACCAGGGGCAGACGGCGGAGCAGCAGGAUGUAGCAGUGGAAAUGCCCCCAUGUUUGAGUCUCCGCUAGGCAGCAGGGAGGACUUGAACCCCAAGGAGAACCUGGAUGCUGAUGAGGGGGACGGGAAGAGUAACAACUUAGUGCUGAGCUGCCCGCACUUUCGCAAUGAGAUCGGUGGCGAGGGCGAGAGGAAGAUCUCCCUCUCCAGAGCCAACAGUGCCAACUACAGUGGUGUGUCAGAGAGCUGCUCCUUUGAAUCAUCUUUGAGUUCCCACUGCACCAACGCUGGAGUCUCGGUGCUGGAGGUGCCUCGAGAAAACCAGCCAAUCCACAGGGAGAAGGUCAAACGCUACAUCAUCGAGCACAUCGACCUUGGAGCAUACUACUACCACAAGUACUUCUACGGGAAAGAGCAUCAAAACUAUUUCGGGGUAGAUGACAAUCUGGGACCUGUGGCAGUCAGCAUCCGCAGGGAGAAGUUGGACGAUGGAAAGGAGAAAGAUGGAAUGCAGUACAACUACCGGGUCACCUUCAGAACCAGUCAGCUGACCACACUCCGUGGAGCCAUCCUGGAAGAUGCCAUUCCAUCCACGGCGAGGCAUGGGACAGCCCGCGGCCUGCCAUUGAAGGAGGUGCUCGAGUACGUCAUCCCUGAGCUUAACAUCCAGUGUCUGAGGCUGGCCCUCAACUCCCCCAAGGUCCCGGAGCAGCUCCUGAAGCUGGAUGAGCAGGGGCUAAGCUUCCAGCACAAGGUGGGAGUGCUUUAUUGCAAAGCGGGCCAGAGCACGGAAGAAGAGAUGUACAACAACGAGAGCGCUGGACCGGCACUAGAGGAGUUCUUGGAUCUGCUCGGCCAGAGGGUGCGCCUCAAAGGUUUCACCAAGUACAGAGCUCAGCUGGAUAACAAGACCGACUCCACAGGCACACACUCUCUCUACACCACCUAUAAGGACUACGAGCUGAUGUUUCACGUGUCCACCAUGCUCCCCUACACGCCCAACAACAGACAGCAGUUAUUAAGGAAGAGGCAUAUUGGCAAUGAUAUCGUCACCAUAGUGUUUCAGGAGCCCGGGGCCCUUCCUUUCACUCCAAAAAACAUCCGCUCCCAUUUCCAACAUGUGUUUGUCAUCGUCAAAGUCCACAACCCCUGCACUGAUAACGUCUGUUACAGCGUGGCUGUGUCCAGAUCUAAAGACGUGCCUCCCUUCGGGCCCCCUAUUCCCAAGUCUGUAACUUUCCCAAAGUCAGCGGUUUUCAGGGACUUCCUGCUCGCCAAGGUCAUCAAUGGAGAAAAUGCUGCACACAAGUCAGAGAAGUUCAGAGCCAUGGCGACUCGUACGCGGCAGGAGUACCUGAAGGACCUGGCAGAGAACUUUGUUAGCACUGCUACUAUUGACUCUGCUGUCAAAUUCAGCUUCAUCACCCUCGGAGCCAAGAAGAAGGAGAAGGUGAAACCCAGGAAGGAUGCACAUCUGUUCAGCGUGGGAGCCAUCACAUGGAGCGUCCGCGCCCGGGACUUCGGCCAGUCGAUGGACGUGGACUGCUUGCUCGGCAUAUCCAACGAGUUCAUCGUCCUCAUUGAGGAGGAAUCAAAAAAUGUGGUCUUCAACUGCUCGUGUCGCGACGUCAUUGGGUGGACCUCAGGGAUUAUGAGCAUUAAGAUCUUCUACGAGCGUGGGGAGUGUAUCAUGCUGUCCGCCCACGACAACUGUGGAGAAGACAUCAGGGAGAUGGUGCAAAGACUAGAGAUCACCACCAGAGGCUGUGAGACAUCAGAGAUGACUUUGCGUCGGAAUGGCCUCGGACAGCUCGGUUUCCACGUCAACUUCGAGGGCAUCGUGGCCGACGUGGAGCCCUUUGGCUUUGCCUGGAAGGCAGGGCUGAGGCAGGGCAGCCGACUGGUGGAGAUCUGCAAAGUGGCUGUCGCUACUCUCACCCAUGAGCAAAUGAUUGACCUGCUGCGCACCUCCGUCACUGUCAAAGUGGUCAUAAUCCAGCCUCAUGAAGACGGCACCCCACGAAGGGGCUGCUCCGAGCUCUACCGCAUACCCAUGGUGGAGUACAAGGUCGACAGCGAGGGCACGCCCUGCGAGUACAAGACACCCUUCAGGAGAAACACCACCUGGCAUCGGGUGCCCACAGCUGGUGGUCAGCCUCUGUCCCGAGGCUCGCCCACGCAGGGCCCCGAUCGGCUGCAGUGCCAGCAGAUCCUCCAGCAGCAUCAGGCAGCGAUUCCACGAAGCACCUCCUUUGACAGGAAGUUGCCCGAUGGAUCCAGGACAAUGCAGGAUAUGGAGAACCCCCAGGUCACCUCAUGUAACAAAGGAGACCAGCACUACCGCAGCUCCCCCAGCAACCAGUCCUCCUCCAGUGAUCCAGGACCGUGUGGCAGCAGCACCUGGUCCCAGCAGCCUGGAUACGAUGGAUGUCCCUCCCCUAUCCUCCAUGAGCGUGCGGGGGACAUCCAGGGGGGAGAUGGGGAGAUCCACAGGGAGAGAGAGCCCACUCUUGAGAGGACCAGAUCUGCAGAGGCCAAGUGGCACAUCCCCUCCACCAAGAUCCUGAACCCUCUGAAGCAAAGAGAAGGAGGAAAAGACUCGCCCAACAAGCUGUCCAGGGCGGGUGAUAAAAACUCAAGCCACUCAAGUAGCAACACCCUCUCAAGCAACGCCUCCAGCAACAGCGACGAUAAGCACUUUGGCUCUGGAGACUUGAUGGACCCGGAGAUUCUGGGCCUCACUUACAUCAAAGGGGCGUCAACAGACAGCGGCAUCGACACUAAUCCCUGCGUGGCCCCCGGGGCCCGGGUGCUGCUGCAGGGCAGAAUGGGGGAGCAGGGGCACCCCUGGGUGUCGGAGCACCAUGAGGACGGGGCGUCAGAAGAGGAUCACGGGAAGUUGUAUUUACCACAGGGCUACGCCUCUGCCAUUAUGUCUAGUCAUGUGACGGAGGGCAGCAUUGGAGACUUGAGCGAGAUCUCAUCCCAUUCAAGUGGCUCACACCACUCUGGCAGUCCCCUGGCCCGUGGGGCCAGAUACUGUAUGUCCGCUGACUCCUCCAAGGUGUACACCAUCCCCCAGACCAGCAGUUCAGGGCCAGGCCCAGAGCCAGAGCCAGGGCCAGAUCCGGGGCCCAGCUCAGAGGCCUGUGGACAGACACGGCCAGAGUCUGGUUGCAAACUCCCAGUGAGCAUGAAGACGACUGAUGAUGAUGAUGAUGAUGAUGAUGAUGAAGCCCACAGCGCUGAGGGACCUCCCAGCAUUUCAGAGUGUGGGCAGCUGUAUGCACAGGAGACUGCCUGCCGGCUCCAGGCUGCUGAGCGAGAUGGAAAAUCACUGCAGAGACUUUCAAAAGAAGAGUACCUUAAAAUGAUGCUGCCCGACAGCCCUCCAGGAGAAGACAGGAGUCGGAAGGUGUCGGCGGUCGGCAGUUUGUCACCGAGACGCUCCCUGUACCGGACACUGUCGGACGAAAGUGUGUGUAGUAACCGUAAGGGUUCGUCCUACGCCAGCUCGCACAGCUCAAUGCUGGACCAAGCCAUGCCUAAUGACAUCCUAUUCAGCACCACCCCACCUUACCACAGCACAUUGCCUCCCCGCAUGAUCCACAACCAGGGAGCAUCCAACCUAAGAAAUGAGUUUUGGUUCUCUGACGGCUCCUUGGCGGACAGGUCCAAGUUCAGCGACCCGGGCCUCAUGCCCCUCCCAGACACUGCCUCAGGCCUGGACUGGUCUCACCUGGUUGAUGCAGCACGAGCCUUUGAAGACCAGCGUGUGGCAUCUUUCUGCACCAUGACGGACAUGCAGCGGGCCGAGGCUUUGCAGAUCUCGAGAGAGCUGACCAGACGGGUGGCGGAGGCAGAGGGAGCAGCGCUGGAAGCAGACAGCUCCCCCUCCACACUGACCGGCAAAGUCAACCAGUUGGAGGUGAUCCUCAGGCAGCUGCAGCACGACCUCAGAAAGGAGAAAGAGGAUAAGGCGAUGUUGCAGGAGGAGGUGCAACACCUGAGACAGGACAACAUGCGACUGCAGGAGGAGAGCCAGACGGCGGCGGCUCAGCUCAGGAAGUUCACAGAGUGGUUCUUUCACACCAUCGAUAAGAAACCUUGAGAGAGAGAGAGAGAGAGGGAGAGAGAAAGAGAGAGAGAGAGAGAGAGAGAGAGAGACCCGCAGAGCGAGAGGGAGAGAGGGCGAGAUGGUCUUCAAUCCUCCCGGGCACCCACUCAACUCCUAUUUAAGACUCCCAGAUGAUCCACAGGCAAACAAACUUUAAAACAAACCAUUACCGGCCCCCAGAGUAAUCGAGACUCUUUAAAAAGCCCCUGCUUAGGAGACUGUCGUGCAGCCCUGUGUGGAGAGACUUGAAACCCUGAUCUGGACCUUAGUUUUGGGAUCCUCCUGUGUCUGAAGUGCAGGGCUGUUUCUGACGUUAACGGUUUCUCCACAUCGCCAAACGAGACUCUUGGGAAACGUCCUCAUAUCCGGCGCUGGAGAGGAAUUGAGAAAGGCAACCCCCGGGGCCCCCGCCUGAGUCCCUGGGAUCUUCUUACAGUAGUGGAAUGUAAAGCUCAUUUACUGUAGUCAACAUAUAAUCUACCUACGUAUGUCACGUCAGUCUACUGUACUGUAUACUCAGCUGUACUGUAUCGUACUGCGCACACUGUCACACAGCUGUUUCUGUGCCGGCCUUCACGGACACAGGAAAGUAGGGAGGGCGAGGCGCGGAGGGGGGAGGAGGGGAGGAAUGUACUGGACAUAAUGAAGUGGUACUUACUGUCUGCUUGCACCAAGAGGAAUCCACAUGUGGCGGUCUUGAAACGUACUGUUGGGGGGGAAAAAUGAAUGUAGCUCAACUGAGACCCUUUUGUUUUCUCUGGAUUUCUGAUUCCCAAAGUCACAAAAGUUUCAAGGUUUGAUGUUUCGGGCCAUUUUCUUUGAAUUAAUUCCACUUUUUCUUUUCCUCAGUGUUGUAUUGUAGGGUCACAUGGCAGUAAUUUUGAUGUUUAAAGGUGCUUUCUCCCUACACACAUGUUUGUCAGUAGUUUCCAUUCACUGUCACGAUGUCCUAGCAAUAACAAAGUGGUAGUUACGAAACUGUGUUUAGAAAAAAAAAAAGAAAUUAGCACAAACGUGAAGAGUUCCUGUUGAGAAGCAGUUGUAUUUGACAUGUAUUUAUAAAACAGGAAGAGACUGUGCCUAAAACUCUUGGUUGUAAAUGGAUUGUUUCUCUUUGCUUUUAGUUCUCUUUUAUAAACACAUGCCUUGUCUGUGGCUCACUGAUAUGAAAUCAUGUGUAUGGAUGUGUGUGUGUGUGUCUGUCUGCGUGUGUGUGUGUGAGUGUGUAGUUUAUCACAGCAAAAUGUGUUUUUAUGCAGUGGUUUCUAGAGCAUUAGAGCAAGCGCCAGUGAACCACACUUACAAUGCCAAAUGUGUUUAUUUCUGUAAAUAUCUGCCACAGAAGUGUCUUGUAUUUAACACUAUUAUUUAAGCUUAUUUAACCUAAAGUUGUUUAUUUUAUUAAGGGUAUUUGUUUUGGUUUUUUUCUGCACUAAGGAGAGAUAAAGCUCUGUGUAUGUUGUAAAGUGUGUAGCUUGCCAGGGCAAAAAAAAACUAUAUAUUUAAAUAUAUAAAUGAUGAUUUUGGAGAUUCCAACAUUUGGAUGCUGCUAGAUUACAGUUUGCUGGUUUGUAUGCUUUUAAAAAUGUCUCUCUCCAUAAACAGUCUCAUCCCUGGUGGGACACUGGUUGCUUUUUUUGUUUUUGUUCUAUUUUUUGCUUUGUUUUUUUUAAUAAAUGUAGUUGUAAAAUUAA